AUCUGACAGCAAGUUCCUAUGAACACAUGAAGGGAGAGAUGCUGCAGAAACUCUUCUCACAGACACACAGAAGACUGAAAGGAGCGCGGCGUGUGAGCAGACGUUCACUGUCCAGCGAGAAAACCACAACACCGAAUGGCUGCGCAGACAGACUCCUGCUACUUAGGCUUUGACUUCAGCACCCAGCAGCUAAAAGUGGUCGCUAUUGAUGGAAACCUUCAAGUUACUCACCAGAACAAUGUCCAGUUUGACAGUGAUCUGCCAGAGUUCAGGACUCAGGGAGGAGUGCACAUCCACGAGGAUAGAUUGACUGUAACCUCCCCGGUAUGCAUGUGGUUGAAGGCACUUGACCUCAUCCUUGAAAAGAUGAAGAAUGCCGGCUUUGACUUCUCUCACGUUAAGGCGGUUUCAGGGAGCGGGCAGCAACAUGGCAGUGUGUACUGGAAAAAAGGAGCAAGACGAGCUCUGCAGCAUCUUGAUCCAGGGAGAGAUUUGCACAGCUUGCUGCAGGAUAGUUUUGCUGUCCAAGACGGUCCAGUGUGGAUGGAUUCCAGUACUGCAAAGCAGUGUCAGUACCUCGAGUCUGCAGUAGGGGGUGCUCAACAGCUUGCUGACAUCACUGGGUCACGAGCCUAUGAGCGUUUCACUGGAAACCAAAUUGCCAAGAUCCAUCAGUUCCAGCCAGAUAAAUACAAUGAAACCGAGAGAAUCUCAUUGGUCAGUAGCUUUGCUGCCUCUCUCUUCCUUGGCGACUAUGCAGCAAUCGACUACAGUGAUGGUUCAGGGAUGAAUUUAAUGGACAUCUUCACUAAACAAUGGUCAGAACCAUGUCUGAAGGCCACAGCACCUCAGUUAGCAGAGAAGCUGAGUGACCCUGCGUCAUCCACGGCAGCUCUGGGCUUUGUUUCCCACUACUUUGUUAAGCGCUUUGGGUUUCCAGAAGAUUGCAAAGUGAUUGCUUUCACCGGAGACAACCCUGGAUCGCUAGCUGGGAUGCGCCUUCAGGAGGGUGAUAUAGCGGUGAGCUUAGGUACAAGUGAUACUGUCUUUCUUUGGAUCAAGGAACCGAGGCCCACAGUGGAAGGCCAUAUCUUCUGCAACCCUGUGGACAAUCUGUCCUACAUGGCUUUGAUCUGCUACAAGAAUGGCUCUUUGACUAGAGAGAGGAUCCGUAACGAGUGUGCAGGGGGAUCAUGGGAAGGUUUCUCCAGAGCCCUGAGGUCCGUCCCCAUGGGAAACAAUGGAAACAUAGGCAUUUAUUUUGAUGCAAUGGAGAUCACACCCCCAGCAGUUGGGAUUCACAGAUUUGAUCAGCAUAAUAGACGAGUAGAUACCUUCACCCAGGAGGUGGAAAUUCGAGCCCUGGUUGAAGGACAGUUCUUGGCAAAGAGGGUGCAUGCCCAGAAGCUGGGCUAUAAGAUCAUUCCAGGAACGCGUGUGCUGGCGACGGGAGGGGCCUCGUCUAACAAGGACAUUCUUCAGGUUUUGUCUGACAUCUUCAAUGCUCCAGUAUACACUAUUGAUGUGGCCAACUCUGCUUGUCUAGGCUGUGCCUACAGAGCUGUGCAUGCACUUGUUGCAGAAAUGGGGGUGUCCUUCUCCGAGGCAGUGAGAAAAGCCCCGGGAGCACAACUGGCAGUGACGCCAAGCCCAGAGGCCGAGGAGGUCUAUGGUCCUCUCCUGAAGAGAUAUGCAGAGCUGGAGAAGAAAGUUCUCAAGGACAUGAAACAGUGAUUCAGCUCUCACGGUGCCUUUAAACUAUACCUCUACCUAUAUGAGAAGCCUGUGUGGAGAUCAUCUCGGGUUGAGUCAUUGCUUAGUGCUGGCUGUGGGCAGGAAGCAGCUCAGUGUGGUCAUUACUCUGGCGUGAUGGUUUCUAAUGUUUCACCAUAUCAGGUUUAGCCACUAACAUGAUUCUAGUCUGAGGUGUGGAAUUAAGGGAAGGAAGUACAUGAGUGGAGCUCUGCUUCCCCUUCUAACACAGAGUGAUUAUUUUAUGUGCGCACGCGAACUAUGUGUGUAUGUGUGUGAGAUGUUUUGACCUAAGGCUGUGUUCUAUUAAUACUCUAUGCAAGUUUCACACAUUCCCUGCUCACUGACACCAGUGGCCCUCUGCUGCCAUUUUAAAUCAAUUGUUCAUUAGUCUCCAGCCUUCCCCACUGCUUAGUGAAUUCAUGGGCUGCAAGACUAGAUGACCGUGUUACAUGAAUUUAUGCUGGAAGAAAUCCUGUUUAGGUGAUGAUCUGAAUAUAGCCGUGCAGAGUGCACAGCCCUGAAAAUGUUUAGACUUAAGUGAGUUAAAAACUGAUUCAAUUAGUGUAUGUAGACAUGAACAUAUUUUCACAGGGCCAAAUCUCCAAAAAACGGAAUUUUGCAGGAGAAGGAAAAAAACCUUCUUAAUGUUAAAUGGGAGUUAAUGAAACCAUGUUUUUCAAGUAAUUUUGGAGCAUUUCUGUUACUCUAUUCCUCAUGAAAUAUUAAUACAAUGCAAAGAACAGCUGGUAUUUUCAGAUACUGUCAUUAUUAUAAAAAUUGAAAUAGAAGUUUUUUUGUCUUGACAGCGAUGAUAAUUUGCCCAAUUUGCUAAUUUCCUGGAGUAGUGGUGAUCAAAAUGUAGACUAGAGGUCUGUGAGGGACUUUUUUCAGUCUCACUCCUGCUCACACAAGAUUUUGUCCUGCUCUCACAGAAAAUCAGAAUCAUUUGUCCCACUCCCACCUGCAACUGAAAUAUUUUGGCCCACAAAGUUCAGUGGAGGGGAACUGACAUCAGAUAUCUGGCUAUAUAAGUCUAUUCACAAAUACAUUCAUUGCCCUCUGCUGAAAGAACAUGGCAGUCAUGGUUAUCAGCCUUACUGUGAAGCAACUUCACCAAACACCAUUUAUUUAUUCACUUAUUUUUGGUAUUUUGCAGCUGUGGUCAGAUUCACGUGAUCAAUUGCUUCACAGAUCUUUAGAAAGAUUCAUUCAUUGUAAUUGUUUAACUGUUUAACUGUGUAAUUGUUUAAUUGUUUUAUAUAUAAUCAUAUAUAUAAACAAUAAAAACUGUUUAUACAUAUGAUUUAGUGAUCGUUCUACUUCAUUCAGACUAUUCAUUCAUUUGCAAGAUUUCUCUUCAUGUGUGCUUCGUCCCACUCCCGCCUGCAGUGGCCUGUUCCUUCCUGCUCCCACACACAACACUGUGGACCGAGGCAAGAAUAAAUAAAAAAAUUCAGUGUG